AUGGAGAACAGAAUCAAAAAGAUGCUUCGUCUAAUUUAUCCAAAGAGUGGAGACUCCGUUUCAUGUGGAACUAUAAUAGAAGAUGAAAUGGCGCGUCUUUUACUCAUUUCGGAAAAGGGAAAGGCAAAGUUGGUGCCUCAAUCGGAGAUAAAGCUCCAGAGAUAUGGCGGAAGAGGUUAUGAUUUGCUACGCCAAGGCCCAUCUGGUGAUGAUAAACUUGUGGCAUCACUCUCUGUUAAAGAGACUCAACAGGUCAUAUUGGUUAGCUCCGGUGGCUUGUUGGCUAAGAAACACAUUAGUGUUAUGAGACUGGCACACAAGCAUCACAAGAUGAAAAAGUUUUGGCAAAAGGGAGCAAUGGAAGGUACCGUAUCAUUUGCAACACCGUUUGAUUAA